UGGGAUCGGUGCAAGCUCUUCCUCAUGCCGGCCAAGCACCAGCCCGACUACGUGUUCCUGCGGCACGUCCCCCUACGGCGCAUCCACCUCUUCACCCUGGUGCAGAUCAUCUGCCUGGCCGUGCUCUGGAUCCUCAAAUCCACCGUGGCCGCCAUCAUCUUCCCCGUCAUGAUUUUAGCCCUGAUCCUGGUCAGGAGGCUGCUGGAUUUUGUCUUCUCCCAACACGACCUGGCCUGGAUCGACAACAUCAUCCCUGAGAAGGAGAAGAAGAAAGAGGAUGACAAGAAGAAGAAGAAAAAAGGCAAUAAAGGAGACAGCAGCAGUGACGAGGAGGAAAGAGGGCCUCCACCUGGAGCUUUGCGUUCUGAUUCCUCCCCGAAUGGUUCAGACAUGGAUCGCAGUAUUACCCUCCACCUGAAGAUUUCCUGCCCAUCCUCUCCUGCCUUUAACUACUCCCGGAGCCCCAUCUGUGCCGUGCCCCAGGUGAAGAUCGAGAUGGAGUCGGAUUAUGAGGACACGGACACGGAGAAGGCCCCGCGGGACAUGGGCAGUGAGACCACGUUAUAGCCCCCCAGCCCCCAGUUUAUAUAUAUAUAUAUACACAGACACCUGCACAUUCAUAUAUAUAUAUAUAAAGGAAAUCGGGCUUAUUUUUCUAUGGGAGACUGGAGGCCCCAGGGGUUUUGCCCCAGGGGUUUUUAGUGCCGUGAGGUGUCGGGUUUCCAGCCCUUCCCGCUGGGAAAGGGGGCUGGAAAGGUGGAAUUGGUGAUUUUGGCCCCGGAGCUGCUGCAGGGCUGGAGCAGCUGGAGGGGAUUGGGAUGUGGGAGCAGCUGAUGUGCUGGAGGAAAAGGGGGUGAUGCUUUUCGGGGGGAUUUUGGGGUAGGGAGGAGGGUUGAGUGGCUGAGGGAGAUUUGGCCCUGCUCCCAAAUCCCUGGAAUCACGAUGUGGCUCUUGGGGAGGCUUGUUUUGGGAAGGGUGCUGGUCCAAGGGGUGGGGUCCUUUCCAUGGGAUCCCAGGUGUGGUGGGAGCGUCCAGAGGGACCUGGAUCUGCUGGGAUUGGGCUGAGGAGGAAGAGGAGGCACAGCAGGAUGGA